UAGGUUGCCGAUGUAGAGUCGCUUGCGUGACUUGGACUUGAUCCUGUCUGGCUCUGUCAUGCUUGUGCAGAAGUCCUGCUACCUCGUCAUGAUGAUGAUGAUGAUGAUGAUGCUCAACAUGGACGACGCCUUUGCCUCGAGUUGCUGGCCAAAGAGAGACGGCGCGGUUUUGCCUGCUUGCUUGCUUGCUAGCACGACGUUCACCUCACCUUGCAAGCGGUCGAGUGCAUCGACGGAGAUGAGCUUGAGUCUGCUGAGCGACAGCCGACCGAGCUCGCAAAGGCUAAUCAACCUCACCCGAGCAGCCUGUUCGGGCGGCAGCAAGCGGCACUAUGUCGCUCGCAAGCUAAAAUCAGAGGAUCCGCUCCACCCGUCCAUCUCGCCCAAUGCGAUCUACUACACGCUCGAGGACCGCUCCACGCUGAUCGUGCGACCUCCGCCAUCGAUUGCACCGCCGGGGAUCGCCUACCCCAUCCCAGGCGGGUCGAGUGCAACGCUGGCCACUGCCCACCACCACCAGUCUCACCCCUUGGCAGCACCUUCCUCUCCUGCAGCGAGCAGGAUGCCAAUCGACCUGCCACCGCUUGCCACCCCUCGCCCGAGGCAACCGAGCAGACAUCUGUCAGAGGAAGAACUGGACAAGAUGAGGGAGAUGAGGACGAGUGAUCCUCUCACCUGGUCGCAGAGCAAACUGGCAAAACACUUUGGCGUCAGCAAGGGCGUCAUUGCCGUCGAAGGGUUCAAGAGCAAGACACCGCUUGCGAAAGAACAGGCCAAGCUCGUCAAGAGCGUCCACCAGAAGAUGCACGAUCUCAGGCAGUCUCACCUCGGCUGGCGGAAACGUUCGAUCGAGGAGGAACGCAGGCGGCGGAAGGAUCUCUGGUGAACAGACUGCAGGCAGCCACGACUUGCGCAAGGAUGCAUGCUGUGUAAACCCCUCAUGUCGUGCCGAGGCUAGAUUGUCACACAAGAGUGCAUUCUUGCAAGCUCAUCAGAUGAAACGCGCACAGGCGCUACUCUUGUUUGCGAGGUAGACUCGAGCACUGCUCGAUCCGGGUUUUUCCUCUCUUCCAUCCUAGUUGACCUCUUCGAGUCUCGAUCCAGAGUCAACGCCAGCCGGCUCGAGAUCCUGCACCAUCGUCCUCUGAGGCAGCACCCAGACCGCUCUGGAUGCCCUGAUAGCUUCUUGCGAGCGAGUUGAGGUUGGAGAGCGCUUCUGGGCCCAUCUGGGACAAGAUGC